AUGUCUGAACAACCUUCCUCUUCUCAGCCUGCUACCUCAGAGGCUGCACAUUCUCAACACUCCCAGAGCGCAAAUCCUUUCGAGCUUAUGGCUGCUGCAAUGUCAGGGGAAUUACCUCUUCCAUCACGCUCAAAGAGGUCUUCCAAAAAGCGUUGCCACACGAAUGAAGACGGCAAUAGUCAUCAAUACAAUGAGCAAGAAGAUGCUAAUGAGGACUCUCCGGUCGGACGUCAGGUCAAGACAUUCACACAGCUUUUGAUUGUUGAGGACAAACUCAGUCAAGUCAUCGUUACACAGCGCACUUGGGAGCCAUCAAAAGACCUCAAUGACAACAUAUACAACAUUUCUUGGAGUGUUAUUUACUCAAGCAAGCUGCCGGCAUACAAGGGGAAUAUUCCGACAACAUAUGUAUUGAACAUUGUCCGCCUUCGUGGAUAUGACUUGCCACCAAAUAUAGAGCAGAAUCCUGCUGCAUGGAAGAAGGUUGUAAAGUGCACUCGCACUUGUCUUACAGAUGUUCGGUCAAAUUCAAAGAAGAAGUUCAAGUUAAGUAUUGCUGCUAAGGAUUCGAAGGAUCAGUGGACAAUAUACAAGCUCACAAAGGAGCUCAUCGGCAAGAAGAAGGAUGUCAAGAUUAGUGUCCCACUAUGUGCACGGGUUGCGCUCAUGCGUGCCGUCUACGUUAUCAAUUCAUCAGGCACAUUCUGGAACAAUGUCGACAAAGAGCUUGAGAGCCUACGUGCGAGUGCACGCAAUGAUCCUGCUCGACUUGUCAAAGGCUUUCAGUACUUGCUACAGCUCGAUCAUCAAACCUACGGUGUCGAUGAUAACAUGAUGGACUCCGUAGAUGAGGACGUCGGCGAGUGGCAGCAAAGUGUCGAUGAUAUCGUUGGCGGUCUCAUCACUCACGACGGACCCCUGCCAUUCUCAGAUGUUGAGGAGAAUGACAACGACAAAGAGAACAGCUCGGACGAAUUGGACGACUGA